GCUCAUCUGAACUGACUCAGCGCUCAAAACUGUAAAGUCCCCAGUUUCAAACCUUUCCUUACCCUUCACCCAUUCUUCUAUAGCCUGUGAUUUGACCCAUGCGGACGAGAGGCCUGCAGAUCACUUCGCUGCUUGUCGCCUCACCUGUAGUCUUAAUUCUCUUUUCACUCAUUAUCAUUUUAUUGGUGUCAAUAUGUUCACAAUUACGCAUUUGGAUAAGCGCCCUUGCUGCAUCCAUUGGAUUCACCACCAAAUCAACCGCCUCUAAAGUCCUCAUAUCCCCACCCUCCUACCAUGGAAUGGCGACAAACCAGUUUGCUUCACUGGAUUCAAAGACCAUUGCGUCUGUUGACAAGAUAUCCCUGAGCGCCCCAGGGUCAAGCAGUGCCUGGAUGCACCGCCUUGGUCAAUAUCUCAGAAUGAUGCCACUUCGUUUUGCAGCUUCAUCCACCAUUUUACUCGCCAUCAUCGUUCUUAUAUGUAUAUUUGCAUUCCGUCUUGCUCGUUAUAAGAUACGUGGUCAAGAUGCUUAUGAGACGUGUAUGGAGAAAUUGGCCGAAUACAGAAUACCUGGAACCAUGUACAUAAACACCAAGAAGUUUCAUGAAUUCUUAAAGGCAGCCGAAAGGCAACCACCCACUGUCCGACGAUGGCAAUUGUCCAAAGAGUCAUCAUCCAAUUUGUCGGAAAACAGUCCUAAUAGCAAUACAGCUCUACCUACCCACAAUCAACCAGUAGAUCAUAGUAUGCUUCGAGUUCAUCGAACGGGGUUGACAAGACCUCGCUCACGUUCAAAUGGUUCAUCCACACCUCAUAACGUACCAGUUCAGCAUGUGAAAGAAACCUAUGAACAACCAAGAAGAUCAGAUUUGGACGAAAAAUCUGCGUCUCGGAAUAACUCUAUCACCAGUCCCUUCCUUUCAGAGUAUAGAAAGCAAAAUGGUGAUAUGCGGUGUAACCAAUCUAUAGCUCAAGAUCGUCCAGAGUCUAACCUCACUACGGCUGUUGACACUGAUGUUGAGAAUAAGAUUGUCUCCUCCGCUGGAAAAUCAUCUCAGCCAACGCUAGGAAAAGCUUCGGUCACUACCGACACUACAUCUACUACAAAUCACUCUCAUUCAAAAGUAGAUGUGAGCACAACUCCGGAUAGUUCGUCACAAGUGGAAGAAGAUGAUUCCCAAAUUGCCUUUGUUCAAGUUGAGAGAAAGAAAAGAAAGAAGACCAAAGCGACAACAAAACAGUCAAAACCACAACAAUUGCCACCUCGAGUAGAGUUCCAUGAGCCAGUCAAGUCAACUGUAGAUCAUGUUAUGGAAUAUAACCCCGAGUUCGAGCCUGUGACCGAUUCUCAUUCUCAGCCUGAAGAAGCUUCAGAAGAACCACUAAUCGUGGAAGAUAACAGUGAAAAGGAUACAUCUCCCAGUCAGGAACCGGUUGAAGAGCCCAAACUAAAUCUCCCUACUGUCCCAUGUUCAACAACACCCUCGCAACCUAAUCAAAUGCACUCGGGGGCCUGGUACUCUCCUUUCUCCAGCGGACUUCAGCUGGAUAUCUUGCCGAGACCACAGUCACCUCCUGAGGCUGCUGCCUAUAAUUCAGCGCCAUCUUAUGGUCAAUUUGGCGGUAUCCCCAUCAACCAUCACACCCUAUGGUAUGGAGAGACGACGAUGGCGUGGUAUUAGUGGUCGUAAACCGAAUUACGACCCUGAGGCCUAUUUCCCAGAUUCUGAAUUCUCACUAUUUGAUAAGAAGUUGCCAAGUAAUUGAUUCCCACAUCUUAAAUAAAAUUUUGAUUAAAUAGCGUUUUUGAUUAUUCGUAAA